AUUAGAUGCCACAUAUGAUACACAUACAUGGAAUAUAUAUAUGUGUGUGACCUUAAUCUCCACAAACAACACCAUUACUCAAAACUCUCGACAUACAAGAAAGAAAAAGGGAAGCCAAAAUUAACAUGUCGCCGCCGCCGUCUUCACCGCCGGAGCUGCCACUAAAACCCAUCCCGGGCAGCUAUGGCUUGCCGUUCCUGGGCCCCAUGAGAGACCGCCUAGCUUACUUCUACUACCAAGGCAGCGACGAAUACUUCGCCUCCCGCAUCCGCAGCCACAACCACUCCACCGUCAUCCGUACCAACAUGCCGCCGGGGCCUUUCGUCGCUGCCGACUCCCGAGUCGUGGCGCUCCUCGACGCCGCCUCGUUCCCCGUCCUGUUCGACAACUCCAAGGUGGAGAAGAUGAACGUCCUCGACGGGACCUACGCGCCUUCCGUCGACUUCACCGGCGGCCUCAGGAUGCUGGCUUUCCUCGAUACCAGGGACCCCAAGCACGCGCUUCUCAAAUCAUUGGUGAUGUCGUUCCUCGCUUCCAAGCGCGACGUCUUCAUUCCUCUCUUCCGAGGUUCUCUCUCCCGGAUGUUCCAGGCCAUCGACGGUCAGUUCGCCGCCACAGCGACGGCGCGGGUCAACUUCAACGGCCUCAGUGAGGAGAUGGUGUUUGGUUUCUUGUUUCGCCUCUUCUGCGACGGUAAGGAUCCAUCGGAGACGGAGAUCGGAACCCGUGGGCCGGUCCAUGUCGACAAGUGGAACGCCCUCCAAGUCAUCCCAAUCACAGCCCCACGCCUUCUCCCAAAGUGCCUCAGCUUCAUCGAAGACUUUUUCCUCCACACGUUUCCCUUCCCCUUCUCCCUCGUCAAAUCCGACUACUCCAAGCUGUACGCCGCGUUUAACAAACACGCAGAAACGUUUCUCGACCGAGCUGAGUCAAACUUUGGGAUCCCAAGAGCCGAAGCCUGCCACAACCUCGUAUUCAUAGCCGGCUUCAACGCCUACGGCGGAUUCAAGCCGUUCUUCCCAUCCCUGAUCAAGUGGGUCGCCAACGCAGGACACAAACUGCACCGCCAGCUAGCUGGCGAGAUCAGAGUCGUCGUCCGCGGCCACGGCGGGAAGGUCACUCUCGGAGCGUUGGAUGCGAUGACUUUGACCAAGUCGGUGGUCUACGAAGCGCUAAGGAUCGAGCCUCCGAUCCCGUUCCAGUACGGGAGGGCCAGGGAGGAUAUGGUGGUCCGCAGCCACGACGCGGCCUACGAGGUCAAGAAGGGGGAGAUGUUGUUUGGAUAUCAGUCGUUCGCCACGAGAGAUCCGACGAUUUUCGAUCGUCCCGAGGAGUUUGUCGGGGAUCGGUUCGUGGGUGGACGAGGGGAGAAGAAGCUGUUGUUGAGGGAUGUGUACUGGUCCAACGGUCGGGAGACGGAUGAUCCGACGGCUGAGAACAAGCAGUGCCCGGCGAAGGAUCUCGUGGUGCUGAUGUCCAGGGUACUGUUGGUGGAGCUGUUCCUGAGGUAUGAUGGUUUGACGGUUGAGAUUGAGUCGCUGCCGCUUGGGUCGUCCGUCACGAUUACUUCGCUGAACAAAGCUACGUCCGUCUGAUGACAACGGGUCAUGGCGAAUUUGAAGCGCGGCCCAUAAAUGAUGACUACAACAACCCAUUUUAGGUACUCAAUCACUUAUCUUAGCGUGGGUCGGCCAUCUAUCAGUUUAUAAUUGGAAAAUAAACAUAUUCCCGGAUUUUCCCCUGUAAAUUAUGUAUUUUAGAAUAAAUAUUAUCUAAACUACUGUUGUGAAAAAUAUUCUUCUCCAUCUACUAUUGUAAAAGAAUAAUUCAUGCGUCAUCGCCUUUAAUUAGGUUCCGCACCCCAAUUCGUCUUUAUACCGGCCAAUUAGUGUUUUUUCGCCCAAAUCCGUUAAAACUAUCUUUAAACUCGAUACGUCUAGUCCAGAUCAGACCAUAUAUACGAUCUAUGAUCUAGACCGAGAGGCUGGAGUAUAGACCACAGACCAGACCAUAGACUAUACGGUUCGGUCCAGACCACGCAUGUACGGUCUGGUCCAUAUAGACCACACUCAACAAAAAAUGAAAAUUUUAUUUAGUCAACCACACAAAAAGUUAGAACCAAUAACCAAGGAAAACAAUAUUUUUUUGUAUUAGAAAAGAACAGGGAAGCCAUGUCUAUAAAUUGACCAUUUUAGUGAUUGUUUAAUCCCAAACAAGGAUAAGAAGACAAAGUUGUACUUGUAUACGAAACAGAUCUCCUACUUCUCGAGCACUCUUCGUACUAUAUAUACUAGCAAGCAUAUUAGUUCUUACCAGUCUGCAUACUAAACGAGGAGAUGGAAGGGUAGAACGGGUAAAACGGGUACCCCUAAUACCCAAAUGGGUAUUAACGGGUAACCCGCGGAUACCCAUUGUAGAACUUCUCGAUCCCAAGUCCCAUCCCGUAGAAAAAAUUAGGGAUAUUUGGGUACCCGUUACCCUAAAAAAACGGGACGGGUAUGGGUAGACCCAAAUACCUGUUUCCCGUUGCCCACCCCUAGUUUGGUCCGGUAAAUCGCGGUCUAGACCAGACCAAACCAAGAAAUCAAAACAUCAAAUAUUACAGACCAUGGACCAGACCAUACCAUAAUUAAUGAUCUACGCUCCGGACCAAACUAUACGGUCCGGUUUGGACCAUUGUUUUUCUAACGGUAUGGUCUAUUUUCCCAGCCCUACUCUUCUUCUCCAAAACUAUCCUCCCACCACCGAAAAUGGCCAGAAAAAAAAAACAGAAAAAUAAAGUUCCCGACGAGAACUAUUGUCUUCUUCUCCAAAACUCUCCUCCCACGACGAGGCUUCGCACAUUAGCAGUAAGAGGCUGACGACUUUUUGUUCUAUUUUAGCAUUAUUAUUACGAUUAUUGUUGUGUUUUAUUUUUCUUUAGCUCCUACAAUGUAUCAAUAUUCAAUAUUAAUGCACAUCAAGAAUGCUAAAUCAACCCCAAUUGAAAAUAAAUUAUCAUGGGCAGAUGGUGAACAUCGACUUGAUUUAGUUUGGUAGAAUGAGAUAGGUAUUUUAAUUUACAAAUUAAAAGUUAUUUAAUUUUGUUUGAGUUAGUAUGAAUUAGUAUAGUAUUUUAUUAGUGACUAGGAAUAGAUUGAAUUAGAAUCCUCUUGAGUUAGUAUGAAUACAACUAUGUUUAUUAUAGUUAAGUUUAUUAUUUAUAUACUUUAAUUAAGUUAUUUAUAUAAUUAUGAAUUAACUAAUAGGUUAUUUUUAUUUGUAAGUUUAUAACUAUAUACUUUCAUCAAGUUAUCUUAACUAUAUAAGUAAUUUGUUAGUGACUUAUUCAUUUAUUAGUUACAUGAUGACGCAUAGGCUUUGGUUCGUUCAUAUAUAUAAGACUCGAGGUACGCAUAUAUUAGGCAAGUAUUACGAGGAGUAUGGACCAUACAUUCGGGGUGCUAGUAGUAAGAGUAUGGUAUAGGAUCCAUAUAACCUUCUCCCAAUAAAUCUAUCUUUCCUACUGGUUGCUCCUCAUUCCUCAAUACAUUAAAUGCUGAAAAAGAAAAACAAUGCUGAAAAACAGCUUCCAAUCCUGCCGUAAGAUAUUUGCUAAUUUUUUAUUAGAUUGAUAUUUGCUACAACUAUUAAAAGAAUAAAAUAAAACAAAGGCUAAGGUGAAAUUUCAAUGAUCCCCAAUAUUCAUUUUCUGCCAUAUAAAAUACUUAAGAUCUAACAACUAAAUGAAAAUUGGCUCCAUUUGGGCACUCCAGUACUCGUACAAUUCUCCAUCGAAAAUGGGAAUUUGAUUAGAGGAGGUAGCAAACAUGGUGUUUGUUGAAGUUGUUGUCAUGGCUUUUUUAGAAGAUUUGGGUAGGAUAGAAAAAUGGGGAUUUAAGAGGAUAGAAGGGUAUUAAGCUCUGAUACCAAAUUUGUUGGGUAUUAGCGGAAUUGUGGUGAAAAAUAGGAUCAAGACAAAGGAAACAUUUGGUGUUUAAUCACUUAUUUAGAAAACACUCAAUGUUUGAAAAUACACUAACCAAACAAGGCCUUAACUUGGCACUUGUUAUUAUAGUGCACAACUUUGUGCUUCUUUCCUUUCUUUUGUUUUUUCUUUCAAGCUCUCUCACUGCUAACUCCUUCUUCCCAUACUUAUAUAUAUAUAUACUUAUAUAUAUAUAUACUUAUAUAUAUAUAUAUUUAUAUAUAUAUAUAUAUAUAUAUAGGGAAUGGAAGAAGUAAACUAAUAAUACUUCUAUUACACAUCAUACAGAAGAGUUGAUAAUGCAUUUGGCUCAUAUAAUAAAAGCUUUGUCUUCUCUUCCUUCCAAUCCAUUCUCAUACGACAGUAGCAUAUGCAUAUACAUGUAUGCAUUAAUCUAUCAUGGCCCAUGCAUAAGUGCAGUAGUUGGCUUCUCUUGUCAAAUGUCUUUGGCUGUGCAAUCCAAUCUCCAUAAUUCAUCCAUUAUUUUGAUUGCAUAAUGCAAAUAUUUAUUGUUGUUCAUAAUUCAUUGAUUUGAUAAUAAUGAGACCUACCAUGUGCAAUGUUUAGUGAUGAUAGGGUUGAUUUCAAAUUACCAUUCAACACCCCCUCUUAAUUUGCAAUCUGGAGAAGCUUUUUGAACUUCUCACGGGUAACCGCCUUUGUCAUGAUAUCUGCUGGCUGGUCGUCGGUGUUGAUAAAUUCCAUCACGAUUAAUCCUUCAUUGACGAGGUCUUGGAAAAAUUAGACCAUCCCACCCAAAAACAACUCGGAACCUAAAGAGAAGAUAGUUCAAUCUACAAGAAGCUGGCAGAGCUUUUAGCUAUUGGACUACAUCCAUCUAUCCUACCUAAACGGUAAGCCUUUUCUUGUGUGUUCUUCGAAUGACGCUAGUGGAGACAAAUUCCUUCCGGCUAAUGAAGAUACUACUCCAGUCAAAUGAUGACGCAACUCGAUAUGCUUUGAUCUUGCGUGGGAUACUGGAUUCUUUGUCAUGGCUAUGGCUGACAUGUUGUCACAAUGAAUAAUGGUUGGACCA